GGACUCCAGCUGUCCUCCAGCACACACACACACACACACACACAGCGAAGAGCGAGGAAGAGGAGGGCGGGGGGACGGAUCCGAAACCCGACUGCCGGGAGAAAUAAGACAGGAUUUUUUUCUGUUUCCUCCUGAGGAGCUGAGAGGAAGAGGAAGAGGAAGAUGGCAGAAGGAGGAGAGGGAGAAGAGGAGAUUCAGUUCCUGCGAACGGAUGACCAGGUGGUUCUGCAGUGCACCGCCUCCGUUCUGAAGGAGCAGCAGAUCAAACUCUGCCUCUCCUGCGAGGGCUUCGGGAACCGACUCUGCUUCCUGGAAACCACGUCCAACGCUCAGAAUGUUCCCCCGGACCUGGCCAUAUGCACGUUCAUCCUGGAGCAGUCGCUCUCGGUCCGAGCGCUGGUGGAGAUGCUGGCCAACACAGUGGAGAUGACCGAGUCGUCUCAGGGUGGAGGCCAUCGCACCUUACUGUACGGUCAUGCCAUUCUGCUAAGACACCACCACUCAGGCAUGUAUCUGAGCUGUUUGACUACGUCUCGAUCCCUCACUGACAAGCUGGCCUUCGAUGUGGGCUUGCAAGAAGAUUCCAUUGGUGAGGCGUGUUGGUGGACAAUUCAUCCAGCCUCCAAACAGAGGUCAGAAGGUGAAAAGGUCAGGGUGGGUGAUGACCUCAUUCUUGUCAGCGUGUCGUCUGAGAGAUACCUGCAUCUGUCCUACGCCAGCGGAGACCUGAUGGUCGACGCCUCCUUCAUGCAAACUCUGUGGAACAUGAACCCCAUUAGCUCGGGAUGUGAAUUAGCCGAGGGAUAUCUGACGGGGGGUCACGUCCUCAGGCUGUUCCACGGCCACAUGGACGAGUGUCUGGCCAUCCCUACGCCAGAGGAAGGAGAGGAGAAACGCAGGACGGCUCACUACGAAGGCGGCGCAGUGUGCAGUCAGGCUCGGUCCCUGUGGAGGCUGGAGCCGCUCAGAAUCAGUUGGAGCGGCAGCCACAUGAAAUGGGGCGUGUCUUUCCGUAUUCGUCACAUCACCACGGGUCGGUACCUCUGUCUGGAUGACGACAAGGUCCUGAUGGUGGUGGACCCGGAGAAGUCAAACACCAAAAUGUCUGCAUUCUGCUUUCGUAUCUCAAAGGAGAAGGUGGACGUGUCUCAGAAACGGGAUGUUGAGGGAAUGGGAAUCCCUGAGAUAAAGUACGGCGAGUCCAUGUGUUUCGUUCAGCACGUGUCCACAGGACUGUGGCUGACGUACGCCGCCCUGGACGCCAAGGCCGCUCGGCUUGGAACCAUGAAGAGAAGGGUCAUUCUGCAUCAGGAAGGCCACAUGGAUGACGCUCUCACUGUUUCCCGCUCCCAAACCGAGGAGUCCCAGGCUGCUCGGAUGAUUUACAGCACCACAGGACUCUUCAGGCAGUUCAUCAAGGGAUUGGACUCUCUGAGUGGGAAGAACAAGUCUCCAGGCUCGGUGUCGCUUCCCCUGGAGGGAGUCAUCCUCUCUCUCCAGGAUCUCAUCUUCUACUUCCGGCCACCGGAGGAGGAACUGGAGCACGAGGAGAAGCAGACCAAGCUGCGCUCGCUACGCAACCGGCAAAACCUCUUCCAAGAGGAGGGAAUGAUCACCAUAGUGUUGGAGUGCAUCGACCGGCUGAACGUCUACAACACCGCUGCUCACUUUUCUGAAUUUGCCGGCGAAGAGGCGGCCGAGUCCUGGAAGGAGAUCGUCAACCUCCUUUAUGAGCUGCUGGCUUCUCUUAUCAGAGGGAAUCGCUCGAAUUGUGCGUUGUUCUGUGACAAUCUGGACUGGCUGGUCAGCAAACUGGAUCGUCUGGAGGCUUCCUCCGGAAUCCUGGAGGUGCUGUACUGCGUCCUGAUUGAAAGUCCAGAAGUUCUGAACAUCAUCCAGGAGAACCACAUUAAGUCCAUCAUCUCUCUGCUCGACAAGCACGGAAGGAACCACAAGGUUCUGGAUGUCCUGCGCUCUCUGUGUGUGUGUAACGGUGUUGCUGUGAGGUCCAACCAGAACCUCAUCACAGAAAACCUGCUGCCAGGUCGAGACCUCCUGCUGCAAACCAACAUUGUCAACUACGCCACCAGUGUGAGGCCAAACGAUGGGCUGCAUUUAUGGUCAGGUACGGUGGCCCGCCAGGUGGCGUCGCCCAGCGCUCACACUCUUGCGGCGGACGACGUCGUCAGCUGCUGCCUGGAUCUGAGCGUGCCCAGUAUCUCGUUCCGCAUCAACGGCCAUCCGGUUCAGGGCAUGUUCGAGAACUUCAACGUGGACGGUCUCUUCUUCCCGGUCAUCAGCUUCUCCGCUGGCGUCAAAGUUCGGUUCCUCCUCGGCGGUCGACAUGGAGACUUUAAGUUCAUGCCGCCACCAGGCUACGCGCCGUGUUACGAGGCCCUGCUGCCCAGGGAGAGGAUGCGCAUCGAACCCAUCAAGGAGUACAAGCAUGACUUCGACGGUGUGCGCAACCUUCUGGGUCCAACACUGUCCCUCACUCACACCUCAUUCACCCCCUGCCCAGUGGACACGGUGCAGAUUGUGUUGCCACCACAUCUGGAGCGUAUCAGAGAGAAGCUGGCAGAGAACAUCCACGAGCUUUGGGCGGUGACUCGCAUUGAGCAGGGCUGGACCUACGGCAGCUUCAGGGAUGACAAUAAGAAACUCCAUCCUUGUUUGGUGGAUUUCCAAAGUCUUCCCGAACCAGAGAAGAACUACAACCUGCAGAUGUCAGGGGAGACUCUCAAGACUCUACUGGCUUUGGGUUGCCAUGUUGGCAUGGGGGAUGAGAAAGCAGAAGAAAACCUCAAGAAGAUCAAGCUCCCCAAGACCUAUGUGAUGUCCAACGGCUACAAACCCGCACCUCUCGACCUCAACCACGUCAAACUCACACCGAACCAGAACCAGCUUGUGGAGAAGUUGGCAGAAAAUGGGCAUAAUGUUUGGGCGAGGGACCGGGUACGCCAAGGAUGGACCUACAGCAUUGUGCAGGAUAUCGUGAAUAAGCGAAACCCUCGUUUGGUACCAUACAACCUGCUGGACGAGAGAACGAAGAAAACCAACCGAGACAGCGUUAACAACGCUGUCCGCACACUCAUUGGCUACGGCUACAACAUUGAGCCUCCAGAUCAAGAGAGCACUGGCCAGGGCCUUGAGAACAUUCGCGGGGACAAGGUCCGCAUCUUCAGGGCGGAGAAGUCCUACGCCGUCACCCAAGGGAAGUGGUACUUUGAGUUUGAAGCCCUAACAAUCGGAGAGAUGAGAGUGGGCUGGGCCCGUCCCUGUGUCCGCUCCGAUACUGAGCUUGGAGCCGAUGAACUGGCUUACGUCUUCAAUGGCAACAAGGCCCAGCGUUGGCACGUCGGUAACGAGCCGUUCGGUCGGCAGUGGCAGUCCGGUGACGUCGUCGGCUGCAUGAUCGACCUGAAUGAGAUGAACAUCAUGUUCACGCUCAACGGGGAAAUGCUGAUCAGCGACUCCGGCUCGGAGAUGGCUUUCAAAGACAUAGAAGUUGGGGAAGGUUUCAUCCCGGUGUGCGCCCUCGGCCUGUCUCAGAUCGGCAGGAUCAAUCUCGGUCAGAACGUCAGCAGCCUGAGAUAUUUUGCCAUCUGUGGCCUUCAGGAAGGAUUCGAACCGUUUGCCAUCAACAUGAAGCGAGACAUCACCAUGUGGUUCAGCAAGAGUUUGCCGCAGUUCGUCCCCGUUCCCACGGACCACCACCACAUCGAGUCAUGUUCUAAGUCUGCCACUGUGCCGAAGGAGGUUUCUGUAGAAAACGAGAAGGACACCAUGUCGGAAAAGGGGAAGAAAAAAGGAUUCUUCUCCAAAGCCAAGAAAGCUGCCAUGACACCUCUUGCUCCUCCUCCUGCGCCUCCAAUGGUCCCCCGAUUAGUUGAAGAUGUGGUCCCAGACGACCGAGACGACCCAGAAAUCAUCCUCAGUACCACCACUUAUUAUUACUCGGUCAGGGUCUACGCCGGUCAGGAGCCGUCCUGCGUGUGGGUUGGCUGGGUCUCCCCUGACUACCACCAGUAUGACCCCACCUUUGACCUCUCCAAAGUGCGCAACGUCACAGUGACUGUGGGAGAUGAUAAAGGCAACAUUCAUGACAGCAUGAAGCACAGUAACUGUUACAUGGUGUGGGGGGGAGACCUGGUCAGCAACCAGCAGACUCGCUUCAGCCAGGAAGACAUGGUGAUUGGCUGCCUGGUCGACCUGGCAACGGGACUCAUGACCUUCACGGCCAAUGGAAAGGAGAUCAACACCUUCUACCAGGUGGAGCCAAACACUAAACUCUUCCCUGCAGUUUUCAUCCAACCCACCAAUCAGAACAUGGCUCAGCUGGAGCUGGGCAAACUCAAGAACAUCAUGCCCAUAUCAGCAGCGAUGUUCCGCAGCGAACGGAUGAAUCCCGUUCCCCAGUGUCCUCCCAGGCUGGACGUCCAGAUGCUAACUCCAGUCAUCUGGAGCCGUAUGCCCAAUAACUUCCUGAAACCGGAGGUGGGCAAAGUGAGCGAGCGACUGGGUUGGUCGGUGGAGUGUGUUGAACCUCUCAUCAUGAUGGCCCUCCACAUCCCAGAGGAAAACAGGUGUAUUGACAUCCUGGAGCUGUCGGAGCGCCUGGAUCUCAUGAAGUUCCACUACCACACGCUCAUGCUGUACUGCGCUGUUUGUGCCCUUGGCAACAACCGAGUGGCUCACGCGUUGUGCAGCCACGUCGACGAGUCUCAGCUCUUCUACGCCACGGAGAACACGUACCUCCCCGGGCCUCUGCGCAGCGGCUACUACGACCUGCUGAUCAGCAUCCACCUGGAGUCGGCUAAGCGGGCGCGUCUGGGCACCAACAGGGAGUUCAUCAUCCCCAUGACGGAGGAGACGCUCAGCAUCAAGCUGUACCCUGACGUGAAGAAGGCCCAUUCUCUGCCUGGCGUCGGACUCACCACCUGCUUACGCCCAAAGCUGCACUUCUCAUCCGUCAACUUUGUCGGCACAAACCCAGAUAUUUACACUCUGAGUCCUGUUUUUCCUUUACAGGAGUUGAAAACCAGGGCCAUUAGCAUGGUAACAGAAGCUGUGCUGGACGGGAGCCAGGCGAUGCGCGACCCAGUAGGGGGCAGCGUUGAGUUCCACUUCGUCCCGAUCCUGAAGCUCAUCAGCACGCUGCUCAUCAUAGGCAUCUUCAACGACGAGGACACCAAGCACAUCCUGAAGAUGAUCGAUCCCAACGUCUUCAGCGGCAAAGAGGAGGAGGAAGAGGAAGGAGAAAACGCAGAAGAGGGAGAAGCCGCUGAUGGAGAGAGCGAGGAGCAGAAGGAGGAGGAAGCGGCUGAUGCAGAGCUUGAAGACGAGGGGGUAGGCGAUGAGGAAGAGGAGCUGAAAGAGCUGAAGAAAGGAGAACAAGAGGGCGAUCAGGCUGAGCCGAAGGAGGAAGGCGAGGAAGGCGGACAUGAGGAGGAGGAGGUAAAAGGGGGAAAAGUGGAUGGAGAGAAAGCAGAGGAAGAAAAGGAGGAAGAGGCAGUGGAAGCAGAAGCCAAAGAGGAAGAGGGGGCUCCAGAGGAAGGACUACUUCAAAUGAAGCUGCCGGAGUCCGUCAAGCUGCAGAUGUGCACCCUUCUGCAGUACUUCUGCGACUGCGAGCUCAGGCACAGGGUGGAAACCAUCGUUGCCUACUCGAACAACUUCGUUCAAGACGUCCAGAAGAACCAACGCGUGCGCUACAACCAGCUGAUGAGAGCCUUCACCAUGUCGGCCGCAGAGACCGCCCGCAAGACCCGCGAGUUCCGCUCACCGCCUCAAGACCAGGUAAUUUUACUGACCAACUUUAAACAUGGUCCAGAGGAUGAAGACUGUCCUGUUCCUGAGGACGUGAGAGAAACGCUGGUGAAUUUCCACAACGACAUCCUGCUUCAUUGUGGAAUUCACAUUGAGCAAGAAGCAGAGGAGGAAGAGGUGGACACGUCUCUCAGGGGUAGACUUCUCAGUUUGGUGGAAAAGGUGAAGAACUUCCGCAAAAAGGAAGAAGAGGAAGUGCCGGAGGUGGAGGAGGAACCAAAACCAAGUACCCUUCAGGAGCUCAUCUCCCACACUAUGAUCCACUGGGCCCAGGAGUCUUUCAUCCAGAACCCGGAACUGGUGCGUCUGAUGUUCAGCUUGCUCCACAGGAUGUACGACGGGCUCGGCGAGCUGAUCCGCGCUCUGCCCAAAGCCUACGCCAUCAACGCCGUGUCUGUGCAAGACACCAUGGACAUGCUGGAGUGUUUGGGGCAGAUCCGAUCGCUGCUCAUCGUCCAGAUGGGUCCAGAAGAAGAGAGGCUUAUGAUCCAGAGCAUCGGGAACAUCAUGAACAACAAGGUUUUCUAUCAGCACCCCAACCUGAUGAGAGCUCUUGGGAUGCAUGAAACCGUCAUGGAGGUCAUGGUCAACGUGUUAGGUGGCGGCGGAGACUCAAAAGAGAUUCGGUUCCCCCAAAUGGUGACAAACUGCUGUCGUUUCCUGUGCUACUUCUGUCGCAUCAGCCGGCAGAACCAGCGCUCCAUGUUCGACCACCUGAACUACCUGCUGCAGAACAGUGGCAUUGGCUUGGGCAUGCGUGGGUCAACGCCUCUGGAUGUGGCUGCUGCCUCCUGCAUUGACAACAAUGAGCUGGCUUUGGCUUUACAGGAGCAAGACCUUGAAAUGGUGGUGACGUAUCUGGCUGGCUGCGGACUGCAGAGUUGUCCGAUGCUCCUGUCGAAGGGUUACCCCGACAUCGGCUGGAACCCCUGCGGAGGAGAGAGAUACCUGGACUUCCUGCGCUUUGCUGUUUUUGUUAACGGGGAGAGUGUUGAAGAGAACGCCAACGUCGUUGUGCGUUUGCUAAUCCGUCGCCCCGAAUGUUUUGGCCCAGCGCUGAGAGGAGAGGGUGGCAACGGUCUGCUGGCGGCCAUGGAGGAGGCCAUUAAAAUAUCUGAGGACCCGGCGAGGGACGGACCAACAGUGAAGAAAGACAGACGAUUCAUGUUUGGAGGUGAGGGACAGCAUGAGGAGAACCGCGUUCACCUGGGAAACGCCAUCAUGUCCUUCUACUCCGCACUCAUUGAUCUGCUGGGUCGCUGUGCUCCGGAGAUGCACCUAAUCCAAGCAGGAAAAGGUGAAGCUCUACGAAUCCGCGCCAUCCUUCGAUCUCUAGUGCCCAUUGAGGACCUGGUGGGGGUAAUAAGCUUGCCAGUACAGAUACCUGCCUACGGUAAAGAUAGUCAGAUCAUAGAGCCAAAGAUGUCUGCCAGUUUCGUCCCAGACCACAAGGCCUCCAUGGUGUUGUUCCUCGACAGAGUCUACGGCAUCGACAAUCAGGACUUCCUGCUUCAUGUGCUGGAGGUCGGCUUCCUGCCUGACAUGAGAGCUGCAGCCUCUCUGGAUACAGUGGCCUUCAGUACGACUGAAAUGGCGCUGGCCCUGAACCGCUACCUCUGCUCGGCUGUUCUGCCGCUGCUCACCAAGUGCGCCCCGCUGUUCGCCGGGACGGACCAUCGGGCCAUCAUGAUCGACUCCAUGCUUCACACCAUCUACCGCCUGUCCCGGGGCCGAGCCCUGACCAAGGCCCAGAGGGACGUGAUCGAAGAGUGCCUCAUGUCACUCUGCAAGUACCUCAGGCCCUCCAUGCUGCAGCAUCUGCUCAGGCGGCUGGUGUUUGAUGUACCCAUCCUGAAUGAAUAUGCAAAGAUGCCUCUAAAGCUGCUCACAAAUCACUACGAACGCUGCUGGAAGUACUACUGUUUACCAAACGGAUGGGCAAACUUUGGAGUGACCUCAGAGGAGGAGCUUCAUCUUUCUCGGAAGCUCUUUUGGGGAAUAUUUGAAUCGUUGGCACACAAGAAAUUUGAUGCUGAGCUUUUUAAGAUCGCCAUGCCGUGCCUCUGCGCCAUAGCGGGAGCUAUUCCUCCUGACUAUGUGGAUGCUACCUACUCCUCUCACCCUGAGAAAAAGGCCUCAGUCGACGCUGAGGGCAACUUUGAUCCCAAACCAGUUGAGACCACAAACACCAUCAUACCAGAGAGGCUGGAUGCUUUCAUCAACAAGUACGCAGAACACACUCAUGAUAAGUGGGCUUUUGAAAAGAUUCAGAACAACUGGACCUACGGAGAGGUUCUGGACGAAAACGCGAAGACUCACCCAAUGUUGCGGCCGUACAAAACGUUCUCUGAAAAGGAUAAGGAGAUAUACCGCUGGCCUAUUAAAGAGUCAAUCAAGGCCAUGCUGGCAUGGGAGUGGACCCUGGAGAAAGCCAGGGAUGGAGAGGGAGAGGUGGAGAAGACGUCGACACGCAAGAUUUCCCAGACUGCUCAGGCCACAUAUGACCCCAGUCAUGGCUACAACCCUCAGCCAAUAGACAUCUCAGGGAUGGCUUUGUCCAGAGAACUGCAGUCUAUGGCUGAGCAACUGGCUGAGAACUACCACAACACCUGGGGCAGGAAGAAGAAACUUGAGCUACAGGCUAAAGGUGGCGGUACACACCCUCUGCUGGUGCCAUACGACACCCUGACGGCCAAGGAGAAGGCCCGUGACAGAGAGAAAGCCCAGGAUCUGCUCAAGUUCCUCCAGCUUAACGGAUACGCUGUGACGAGGGGCAUGAAGGACAUGGAGCAGGACAUUUCCUCCAUCGAGAAGCGUUUCGCCUACGGAUUCCUCCAGAAGCUUCUCAAAUGGAUGGACAUCGCUCAGGAAUUCAUCGCUCAUCUAGAGGCCGUAGUUAGCAGUGGCCGCGUAGAGAAGUCGCCACAUGAACAGGAAAUCAAAUUCUUCGCCAAGAUUCUCUUGCCGCUCGUCAAUCAGUACUUCAAGAACCACUGCCUGUACUUCCUGUCCACUCCUGCCAAGGUUCUGGGCAGCGGCGGCCAUUCCUCCAACAAGGAGAAGGAGAUGAUCGCCAGUAUCUUCUGUAAGUUGGCUGCCUUGGUGAGGCACAGAGUUUCUCUUUUUGGAACGGACGCACCUGCAGUGGUGAAUUGUCUGCACAUUCUUUCGCGGUCCCUUGAUGCAAGAACUGUUAUGAAGUCAGGCCCGGAGAUUGUGAAGGCUAUCCUGCGGCAGUUCUUUGAGAGUGCUGCAGAUGACAUAGAAAAGAUGGUGGAGAAUCUGAAGCUGGGAAAAGUGUCGAGUAAAACGCAGGUUAAAGGGGUUUCCCAGAACAUCAACUACACCACAAACGCCUUAUUACCUGUCCUCACGUCGCUGUUUGACCACAUUGCCCAACACCAGUUCGGCGAUGACGUUAUCUUGGAUGACCUGCAGAUAUCCUGCUAUCGUUUGAUGUGCAGUAUAUAUUCUUUGGGAACUGUGAAGACUCCGCAUGUGGAGAAACAGCGGCCGGCUCUUGGAGAGUGUUUGGCUCAUUUAGCAGCAGCUAUGCCAGUAGCCUUCCUGGAACCGGCACUGAAUGAAUUCAACUCCUUCUCUGUUUACACAACCAAGACUCCAAGAGAGAGAACUAUUCUGGGUCUUCCCAACCAAGUAGAGGAGCUGUGCACCGACAUCCCGGAGCUGGACGUCCUGAUGAAGGAAAUCCAUGACCUUUCUGAGUCGGGAGCUCGCUACACAGAAAUGCCCCAUGUGAUUGAGAUUACGCUGCCCAUGCUGUGUAACUACCUGCCCCGCUGGUGGGAGAGGGGGCUGGAAAACUUCCCGGAGCAGGAGGGCCAGCUGUGCACCGCCGUUACGUCGGAGCAGCUCAACCAGCUGCUGGGCAGCAUCAUGAAGAUCGUGGUCAACAACCUGGGCAUCGAUGAGGCGUCCUGGAUGAAGAGAUUAGCCGUUUUCGCCCAGCCCAUCGUCAGCCGGGCGAAACCGGAGAUGCUCAAGUCCCACUUCAUCCCCACCAUGGAGAAGCUGAAGAAGCGAGCGGGGAAGGUGGUGGCGGAGGAGGAGCACCUGCGCAUGGAGGGCAAGUCGGAGGUGGACAGUGAGAACGGGACCAUACGGGACGAGUUCGCUGUGCUCUGCCGGGACCUGUACGCCCUUUACCCCCUGCUGAUCCGCUACGUGGACAACAACAGGGCGAGGUGGCUGACCUGUCCGGACCCGGAUGCAGAAGAACUGUUCAGGAUGGUGGGAGAGGUGUUCAUCUUCUGGUCCAAAUCACAUAACUUUAAGCGGGAGGAGCAGAACUUUGUGGUGAUGAAUGAGAUCAACAACAUGUCCUUCCUCACUGCUGACAGUAAGAGUAAGAUGACCAAGGCCGGAGACGGAGAGUCUGGAGGCUCGGAGCAGGAACGUAGCAAGAAGAAGAAACGAGGGGACCGCUACUCUGUGCAGACCUCCCUGAUUGUGGCGGCACUGAAGAAGAUGCUCCCCAUCGGACUCAACAUGUGCUCUCCUGCUGACCAGGAGCUCAUCAAUCUGGCUAAGAUCAGAUACUCACUGAAAGACACAGAUGAAGAGGUGAGGGAGUUCUUGCAGAACAACCUUCAUCUGCAAGGCAAGGUGGAGGAUCCAGCGAUGCGCUGGCAGAUGGCUCUUUACAAGGAGAUGUCUGGAAAGGCAGAAGACGCCGAAGAUCCAGAGAAAGUGGUAAAAAGAGUACAAGAGGUCUCUGCUGUCCUUUACCACAUCGAGGUGACUGAGCAUCCCUACAAGUCGAAGAAAAUGGUGUGGCACAAGCUGCUGUCCAAGCAGCGGCGCAGAGCUGUGGUGGCGUGUUUCAGGAUGACGCCUCUCUACAACAUCCCAACGCACCGAGGCGUCAACAUGUUCUUAAACGCCUACAAGCGCAACUGGUUGGAAACGGAGGGCUACUCGUUUGAAGACAAGAUGAUCGAUGACUUGUCAAAAGCCUUGGAGGAAGAGGAGGAGGAGGAAGAAGAGACGGAGACAAAGCCGGAUCCUCUUCAUCAGCUGAUUCUGCACUUCAGUCGCACGGCUCUGACAGAAAAACUGAAACUUGAAGUCGACCGUCUUUACAUGUCUUAUGCUGAUAUUAUGGCAAAGAGCUGUCACAUUGGUGAGGAGGACGAAGGGGGAGAGCAGGAGGGGGAGGAGCCAUCCUUUGAGGAAAAGGAAAUGGAGAAGCAGAGGCUUCUGUACCAGCAGUCCCGGCUGCACAACCGCGGGGCUGCAGAGAUGGUGCUGCAGAUGAUCAGCGCCUGCAAAGGCGAACCAGGAGCCAUGGUUUCUUCCACACUCAAACUGGGAAUCUCCAUCCUCAACGGAGGCAACAGUGACGUUCAGCAGAAAAUGCUGGACUACCUGAAGGACAAAAAGGACGUGGGAUUCUUCCUGAGCGUUCAGGCUCUGAUGCAGACCUGCAGCGUUUUGGACUUGAAUGCUUUUGAGAGGCAGAACAAGGCGGAGGGACUUGGGAUGGUUUCAGAGGAGGGAUCCAAUAAGAAGCUAGAACGCGAUGAGAAAGUGAUGGCAGAUGAUGAGUUUACGUGCGACCUCUUCCGCUUCCUGCAGCUCCUGUGUGAAGGCCACAAUAACGAUUUUCAGAACUACCUGAGAACUCAGACAGGUAGCACGACAACCAUCAACGUCAUCAUCUGCACUGUGGACUACCUGCUUCGACUGCAGGAGUCCAUCAGCGAUUUUUAUUGGUACUAUUCAGGGAAAGAUAUCAUCGACAAGCCCGGAAAGAGGAAUUUCUCCAAAGCCAUGACUGUGGCUAAACAAGUCUUCAACAGCUUGACUGAGUACAUCCAGGGCCCCUGCACUGGUAACCAGCAGUCUCUGGCCCACAGCAGGUUGUGGGACGCUGUUGUGGGUUUCCUCCAUGUUUUUGCUCAUAUGAUGAUGAAACUGGCACAGGAUUCGAGUCAAAUCGGCUUGUUGAAGGAGCUGUUGGACCUGCAGAAGGACAUGGUAGUCAUGCUGCUGUCUCUACUUGAAGGUAACAUUGUGAACGGCACCAUUGCCAGGCAAAUGGUUGACAUGUUGGUGGAGUCCUCCAGCAACGUGGAGAUGAUCCUCAAGUUCUUCGACAUGUUCCUCAAGCUCAAAGACAUCGUGGCGUCCGACGCCUUCCGGGAUUAUGUGACGGAUCCGCGCGGACUCAUCUCCAAGAAGGAUUUCUCCAAGGCCAUGGACAGUCAGAAGCAGUACUCCCCAUCAGAAAUCCAGUUCCUGCUCUCCUGCUCUGAGGCCGACGAGAACGAAAUGAUCAACUUUGAGGAAUUCGCAGAUCGCUUCCAGGAACCGGCAAAAGACAUCGGGUUUAAUAUUGCUGUCCUGCUGACCAACCUGUCUGAGCACGUGCCCCAUGACACACGCCUCCAGAACUUCCUGGAGCAGGCGGAGAGCGUGCUCAACUACUUCCGGCCUUUCCUCGGCCGCAUCGAGAUCAUGGGGGCCAGUCGGAGGAUUGAGCGCAUUUACUUUGAGAUCAGCGAGGCCAACAGGAACCAGUGGGAAAUGCCGCAGGUCAGGGAGUCGAAGAGGCAGUUCAUCUUCGACGUCGUCAACGAGGGCGGAGAGAGCGAGAAGAUGGAGAUGUUCGUCAAUUUCUGCGAGGACACCAUCUUUGAGAUGAACAUCGCAGCGUCCAUCUCUGAGCCCGAGGAGGGUGGCGAGGAAGAGAAAGACGACGAGGAGGAGGAAGAGGGCGGCGGAGAGGAGGCGGAGCCUGGAGAGGGCGAGGAAGGCAACGGCGAGGCCGCCGUUCCGGAGACAGCAUCGGCCUUUGCCGAAUUCCUCAAGAGCGUCAUGAACUUCUUCAGCAUGUUCACUUUCCGUAACCUGCGGCGUAAGUACCGCAAACUCCGAAGGAUGACGGUGAAGGAGAUGGUGAUCGGACUGGUGACAUUCGUCUACACGGUCCUGAUGGGAAUCCUCAUCUUCGUCUACAACGUGUGCAAGGGCUUCUUCACGCUCAUCUGGAAGGCUCUGUUUGGUGGCGGCCUGGUGGAGGGAGCCAAGAAGAUGACAGUCACAGAGAUCUUAGCCAGCAUGCCGGAUCCAACCCAGGAUGAGGUGCAUGGAGACCUUCCACCUGAACCUGGAGCUAGAGAGGUCCAGGAAGCCGACGGGGGGACGGACCUCUUGGACACGGCUGGAGGAGAGGAAGAAGAAGAGGAUGGCGAGGAAGGUGAAGGUGGGCGUCUGCCUGGGUUCGACAAACCGGGAGGUCUCGGAGAUUUUGGAGAAACGACAACAGAGGAGCCUCCAACUCCAGAGGGAACGCCGCUGCUGAAGAGGAAACUGCUGGCUGCAGUGGGAGGACAAGAAGGGGAGGAGAAAGUCGAAGCAGAAGCAGAAGAGGUUCCCCAGGAAACGGAAAAGGCCGACAUUGAGAGUGGAGAGAAGUCGGAGAAACCAGAGCCAGAACCCGAGGUGAAGGAAGAAGAACCAGAGGAGGUUCAGGAGAAAACGGUGAAAACCAAAACCAAGAAGGACAAGAAACCUGCCGAGGGCGGCUUUGAGUUGUGGAACGAGCUGGAGGUGCAGAGGAUCAAAUUCAUGAACUACCUCUCUCGUAACUUUUACAACCUGCGGUUCUUGGCUCUGUUCAUCGCAUUCGCUCUGAAUUUCAUCCUGCUCUUCUACAAGGUGUCCGACUCUCCUCCAGGUGAGGAGGAGUUCGAGGGUUCUGGUCUGUUUGAGGGCUCCGGCCUGUUCGAAGGCUCCGGCGCUGAGGAAGAUGGGUCUGGAUUGGAGGAAGGUGGGGAAGAUGAUGACGAAGAGGGCCCGUUGUACUACUUCCUGGAAGAGAGCACCGGUUACAUGGAGCCGGCCCUGUCUUUCCUCUCCAUCGUCCACACCAUCAUCUCCUUCCUCUGCAUCAUCGGCUACAACUGCCUCAAGGUUCCUCUGGUGAUCUUUAAAAGAGAGAAGGAGCUGGCCAGAAAGCUGGAGUUUGAUGGACUUUAUGUCACUGAGCAGCCAGAAGACGAUGACAUCAAGGGCCAGUGGGACAGGCUGGUCCUGAACACGCCAACCUUCCCGAAUAACUACUGGGACAAGUUUGUGAAGAGAAAGGUUCUGGAUAAAUACGGCGACAUCUACGGCAGAGAGAGAAUCGCCGAGCUGCUGGGCAUGGACCUGGCGUCGCUGGACGUCAGCGCCAUGACACACGAGAAGAAACCUGAACCCGACACCUCCAUGUUCAGCUGGAUAACAUCUAUUGACAUCAAAUAUCAGAUCUGGAAGUUCGGGGUCGUCUUCACCGACAAUACAUUCCUUUACCUGGUCUGGUACAUGCUGAUGUCCAUGCUUGGACACUACAACAACUUCUUCUACGCUUGCCAUCUCCUGGACAUCGCCAUGGGCGUCAAAACGCUGCGGACCAUUCUGUCCUCCGUCACCCACAACGGCAAACAGCUGGUGAUGACGGUCGGCCUGCUGGCUGUGGUGGUGUACCUCUACACCGUGGUGGCCUUCAACUUCUUCCGCAAGUUCUACAACAAGAGCGAGGACGAGGACGAACCGGACAUGAAGUGCGACGACAUGAUGACUUGUUACCUGUUCCACAUGUACGUCGGCGUGCGAGCCGGUGGAGGCAUCGGAGAUGAAAUCGAGGAUCCGGCCGGGGAUGAAUACGAGCUCUACCGAGUCGUCUUUGACAUCACUUUCUUCUUCUUUGUCAUCGUCAUCCUGCUGGCUAUCAUCCAGGGUUUGAUCAUCGACGCCUUUGGUGAGCUGAGAGACCAGCAGGAGCAGGUCAGGGAGGACAUGGAGACCAAAUGCUUCAUCUGUGGAAUUGGAAGCGACUACUUUGACACGACGCCGCACGGCUUUGAGACGCACACCUUGGAGGAGCACAACCUGGCCAACUACAUGUUCUUCUUGAUGUAUCUCAUCAACAAGGAUGAAACAGAACACACAGGACAGGAGUCGUACGUGUGGAAAUUGUACCAGGAGCGAUGCUGGGACUUCUUCCCCGCUGGAGACUGCUUCAGGAAGCAGUAUGAGGACCAGCUCGGAUAAACGGCUCGGCUCCCCAACAGGAGACGGGAGGAAAAGUCCUAAAGUCCAGAGCUGGAACACAUCCGUGUCUUAGUUUUAUUUGUCUUGCAUUUUUUUCUCGUCUGUUUGAAGUUAUGCACACCUUUUGACCGCACUUUUCAGCAGCAGGUUGGAGAAAACGACCCGGGAGGCGAAACGAAGCUCUUGCUGUGAACACAUGGCCUUUCCUGUCUAAAUUAAACGGACUGCCUUGUAUAUCGACUGAACGUGUGGCGGCUAACAUAGCCGCUAGCGCUGUAAAUGUUCUAGUGCCUAUAGCGACGUCACUGCUUUAGCUGUCAGUCUCGGUAGCUUUUCCAUCCGGUCUCAUGGGAAAAUCUGAAACAGUCACAAACUCACGACUCGAGACGACUGGAGUUCUUCUUCUCUUGUUUUUGUAACAAGGUUUAAACCUUAAACCAAAAGGGCGUCUUCAGUUCUGAUCGUGUGCCGGGAGAUUUAGGGUUUUCAGUCGUUUUUAUGGAAAAUCAACCCUGUGAGCCUCUUGGGUCGUUGUCAUUUAUGUGCCUCAGAGUAUUUGCUAGCAUGAGAGGUCCGCGUUUCUGGCUGCUUUUGUGUAUUUUGUUGAGUCGUUAGCAGUGGUGGGCACACUUCUGCUAACGUGCUAAUGGCAGAGCUAAUUUUUUGUCUACUUUUGCUGACUUUGUAAACAUCUGGUGCAUUUAGCUUCAUCUAAAUAAAUUUUUCUGGGUAAAUUCUAAUGUGUUAAUAGCUAAGCUAAUUUUUAGCUUAGUCCUUGAGCUAACUUUAAAAAUGUUAAGCACACUUAGCUUCUGCUAAAAAAAAUUUUUUUAGGUAAAUUCUAAUGUGCUAAUAGUUGAGCUAAUGUUUUGUUUAGUGCUUUUGUUGUCUUUGAAAACAUUUAGCACAAUUAGCUUACCCUAAAUGUAUUUUUCCAAGUAAAUUGUGAUAUGCUAAUAGUGGAGCUAUUUUUUAGCUUGCUGCUUUAGCUAACUUGGAAAAAAUUUACCUCACUUAGCAUCCACCAAAUAUGUUUUUCUGAUUAAAUUCUAAUAUGCUAACAGCAGAGCUCAGUUUUAGCUUAGCGAUUAGCUAACAUUGAAAGCAUAAAGCAAACACCUUCCCCUAAAUUAAAUUCUUAUGUGCUAAUUUACGUUUACCGUUUUUGUAAGCUUUCAGUUGAAUAAAGUUUGACAACUAUGUCAAAGUUUUUGGUUAUCAACUGUUAAAACAGGAACAAAAUAAAGUAGAAAACAAAAUGUAAACAUAAAUACGUCUAAGAGCUUUGUGAAACUACAGAUUAUUUAGGGUCAAAAUUAAAUUCAACGCAGAUAUAAUUUAAAUUAAAGUUAGCGCUUCAGCAUUACUUUCUGCUCAAUAUCUUAUGCUUUACAGCUAGUGGAGCUAAUGUUUGCGAUUAGUGCUUUAGGGUUAGCGCUGCCCACCACUGUCUGUCCGUUCUGUUUUUGUCAUGAUGCAGCCAAACCUCUCUUUGUGGCUUCAGCAGUGUGAAAAAUUGUGAAAAACCCGGAAAAAUUUUUUCACAGAUCAGAAUCAACCUGCUGGUUUCCCUUCCUCUUUGGGCAUUUUGCAUGUUAAAUCUGACCCAGUAGAUAAUUAUUUCGUUCCUCGUUCUGACAGGACAAUGACUGGAGAUGAAGUGACCGAUUUUACGUCUAUUUGAGUUUCGCUGUCUCGAAACAAAAGAUUCUCACAAGCAAUCAUGAACUGCUUGAACUCGGACCGACUUGACAAAAACAUGGUUUUUGGGAUAAUUAUCUGUUUAGACACUCUGCAGUCUUACAAUGUGGACUCCCCUCUCUCUGCCGUAACCGUUAGUGAGACGAACACACAUCCAAGGGGAACGCCGAGGUCAUUUGUUCUGUUUUACGCAGAUUAAGCCAUUUAGAGAGACUUUAUGCACAACGUUGGUGCACUGAAUUAAGUGUUGAAUGUAUCUAAUAAGAACUUGAUGAAAAGACAUAUUUUACAUACACCAUGGAUUCUUCUAUUUAUUUUUCUUCAAGGCUCUGAUGUAUGAAAAUAAUUUAGUUUUCAGACGUGAACGCGUCUCAAACUGAAGAUGGUGAAGAGAUUUAGUCUGAUACUGAAAAUGGCCUCCGGUUUGGAGAAUGUUAGCUUUUGUUUCGGCUCGUUAGCUUUUUACCAUAGAUAUUUUUAGAAAUUCAGCAUACGGAUAAUUUGCCUCAGUCAAAGUUGUGUGUGAAGCGUUGAUUUCUGACACAUUCACAAAUUCUCCGUGUCGUACAGAUGACCGGUCGGAGACGGAGCGUUUCUGUUGGUCUGAAGGUUGGAAGAUGAAUGGAGGUCAAAACUUUCCACUUGACUGAGAGUCUCUGACUAAACUCUGCGUUUCAAUAUGGAAUAAACAAAUUAUUUUAAGGACAA